AUGGAUGAUUUAUUUGUUCUUGACUUGCUGGUGUGCCCAGUUUGCCUUGGAAAGCUUGAUGUUACAGCCAAGGUGUUGCCCUGCCAGCAUACUUUCUGCCAACCCUGCCUGCAGAGGUUAUUCAAAGCAAGGAAGGAAUUGAGGUGCCCUGAAUGCAGGACGCCAGUAUUUUGCAGCAUUGAAGAGCUGCCAACCAACUUGCUCUUGGUACGACUAUUGGAUGGCAUAAGAGGUGGGCAAAGUGUUAUGAGAAAAAAUUCCUUACGAAGAGUGGGGGGUCUUUUUGGCCAAGAAUCCUUUAAGAGGAAUAGAGAACACAAAGAAAAGAAUGAUUCUUAUUACAGGCUGUUCCCUAAGGCCAGAAUGCCAAUCGAAGGGGUGCCAUGUGCCAAAGCCCUAACCAACUACAAAGGCUAUGCACCCAGUGACCUGACUUUCAAUAAAGGAGACAUUAUCGUGUUACGGAGGCAACUAGAUGAAAAAUGGUUUUAUGGUGAAUUAAAUGGGAGUAACGGUAUCUUUCCUGCCAGUUCUGUGAAAAUUCUAUGUCAACUUCAAGAGCCCCCUGCACUCUGCAGGGCAUUGUACAACUUCGAGCUUAAGGACAAAGACAGGGGAGAAAAUAAGGCCUGCCUGAAGUUUGUAAAGGAUGACAUCAUCAGUGUGAUUCGGAGAGUGGAUGAAAAUUGGGCAGAGGGCAAAUUAGGAGAUCAAGUGGGCAUUUUCCCUCUCCUGUUUGUAGAGCCGAACCAUGCCGCAAAGCAACUACUGGAAACAAACAAAAGCAAAAUCAAAAGAAACAGUCUAAGCAGUAGCUCUUUUACACUAAAGAGGUUACCGUCAAAUGCUAAAUCUUCUGAAUCUGCGACAUUGAGCAGGAUGCCCGAAGGAAGAAGAAAAAGUCCCAGGCAAUUCUUGAUUACAAAUGCCCUGAAUACAUUCAAUAAGAUGGUUCAUUCUCCAGGAAGCCGACAGACUCCAGAAAUCAGCACCCCUAUUCUCAUCAGUUCCAGUAAUCCAACUGUCAUUGAAAAAGCAGAUAUUUUACCCGGUUCACAAAUUCAGGUGAAUGGUGCUGUUUAUUAUACCACACUUGGAACACAGGGACAAGGUUCAGCAUUGGUUUCCCUUCCCAAUUCCCAGCAGAGUGUUGUGGCUAACAUGUGUGUUGCUCUUCAGCCGUAUAUUGCUCAUGGACCAGAAGAGAUUGACCUACAGAAAGGCGAGGGUAUCCGUGUCUUAGGAAAAUUCCAGGAAGGUUGGCUUCGUGGGGUCUCUUUAGUGACUGGAAAAAUUGGAGUCUUCCCCAGCCAUUGUGUUAUUCCUGUUUACAGGAAAUCUCUGAAUUAUUCUGAGUUUCGGCCUUCGUCUCAUCAUGGUAAUUGGGUUUCAAGCAGUGCUUCUGUUUCUUCACAAGGCAGCGUGACAGACUAUGGACCCGUCCGAACUGUCAGAUCUGUCUUUGUGCCAACUGCUGUAGUGGAACCAGUCAAAAAGAACACAAGCUCUUCAGCUGUAAUGGCACCAGUCGCUCAAAGGCGUGCAGGCAGUAGCAUCAAAAAACGUUUAUCGCUUCAAAAUAGUGUUCAGAGCAGCCCAUUUGCCAUAUCUACCAUUACUAGACCUUCAUCAGCCAUUGUACAAACACAGCAGCUCCUUAUUUCCUCUCAUUCAAAUGUUGGCGCAAGUCCUGAAACGUCAAGACCAACCCACUCAUAUGAUUCAUUCUCCCUUGUCGGUAGAGGAACUGAUUUCAGGAGACUGUCUGCUGCCAGCUAUGUGGCAUUGGAAGCCAAAGAAAUUUUGUUCAAAAGUGAACAACCAGUAAAACCACCAACAUCCGCUCCUCCGUCUAUAUUAGUGAAGCCAGACACACCCAAGAGCAGCUCCGAUAAGCAGGUGAAGACUGUAAGAUUUAUGAACUUUAGUCCCCCUCCGUUAAAACGACACAGUGCUCAGUUUCCACAGGAUAAUGGGAAAAGUGAACAAAUUUCCACUGAGUCACCCAAACCGGAGCCAACUCCUACUCCUGAAACAACAAUAUCUACAGUGCAACGAGCCUCCUCAAGUUUUGUCCAGCAAACAGAAAACAGAAGAGUACAAAGAUUAAAAAGUUCAACCAAUGACCAUCCUUCAUUAUCCCUUCCCAGCAAAAGAACCCUAAAUGAUAAUUCUAAAAGGUGGAGUGCAGUCUAUCAGACCCAGGAUGUCCUUUCAACCUAAUGUCUCUUAAUGCCUCUAGUGUUUAUACAGAGCUGUUGAUCUUUUAACUUAACAUGCUACAUCAAGUAAACAAAUAAUUGUGUGUGUAUGUAUAUAUUUAUGUAUAUGUGUGUAUAUAUAUAUAAUCAAUUUAUGUUGUUGUAAAGGACAUACAGUGCCAAACAAAGGCAUGCUGGCAGCUUCAGUUACACACGUCUCGUCUUCAACUCAUUUAUUUUAUCUUGUGUCAGACAUUCUGUCAUGUACUUUGCAGC